GCAAAUUUAUUCUUUGGCUGGGAAGCUAUCAAGCAACCCUCCACAGGCUCCCCUUUCUCCAUUGCACCAAACUUAAGGUACUUGCCUUUGCUUUCAAGACCCUGCCUGUACUACCCCAUCUUACUUUUCAUCUUUCCUAUGCUAUUGAAAACUCAACUUCCACCUCCAAACAGCCCGUCAUCCCAGCUGCCAUUGCCCGCUUGUUAAAUUCUCAACCAGGCAUCUCUGUGCUGCUCCUCACGCAUGGGAAGAGCUCCCCAUAAACAUUACAAAGCCACCUCAUCUUCCUUGCCAGGUCCCUGGGCAGGGCAGGGAAGGAUGGGGACCAUGGGCAUUGUGCUCCCAGAGAGGCGAGUUCUACGGCAAAGGGCAGUGCUGGGGCUAGGUUCCCCCAGGCAGCCUUAGCGCUGGCCAGAGCACACUGGUGAUUUAAAAGGCCCGUGGCUCCAGCUGCCAGUGCCACAGUAGCAGCAGCUGUGAGCCCCAUGCUCUUUCUAAUCACCAGGCCCUGGGGCAAUUGCCUCCUCGGUCUUCCAUCCCCAUGUUGAUGGGCUGUACCCAGAGCUCUAUGCUAGCAGCUAUAGAAGGGCUCAGAGUUCGUCAUAAGGCAGGGGUGGGCAAAAUAUGGCCUGUGGGCUAGAUUUGGCCUGCCAAACUUUUCCCUCCGGUCCCCACAUGACCCUCCAGGCCACUAAAAGACCUGUGGUGCAGCGGGGCACUCAGGCAGGAAGGCAGGCUGACUGCCUGCAAUGGCCCCAGCCACACUGCUGUCGGAAGAGGCCAGCUGCUGCUAGCAAGUGUGUUUGUGCAUGCCCUUUGGGGUGGCACCUCGUCUUCAUGUGCAGUCCCCACCUCCAGCACUAGCCUCACAGCUCUCAUUGGCCGGAAAAUGGACAGUAGAAGCUGCAGGGGCAGUGGUUGCAGGCAUGUGCAAUGCAUGGAGACCUGCUGUACCCCCUCUUCCCAAGAGACGUACAGAGACAUUUGCCAGCAGCAGCUGUCUGCUUUGAGUGACCACCAUGGCAUGCAUGCAACCUACCUGCCUGCCUGAGUGGCUUGCUGCUCUGCUGGCUGAGAGCUGCCUAUGGUAAGAGCUCUCGGCCAGGGCCAGAGCUGGCACCUUGCACCCCAUUCUGCACCCCAGCCCUCUGCCGCAGGCCAGAACUCCCUGCUACACCCAAACUGCAUCCCAAACCCUAGAAUCCUUCCAUUAAUAUAAUAGAAAAAUGCAGCUCGUGUCCACUUACCCAAAUUCUUGGCAUAACCCCCUCUGCAGAAAUUAUUGCCCACCACUGUCAUAAGGUAUCACGCAUGAUCAGGGGUGGAUAUAGGGCAGGGCGACCGUACAGUCCAAUGAUGAUGACCGUACUGUCCAAUGAUUUACUUGUAAAAUUCUUCAUGAGAACAGAAGCUGCAUAAAGGUUGUGAGAUCCUGGCUUGAGAUAACAGUGCAUUGGGACACUUAUCAAAUAAUAAUGCAGCCCUUCGGAAACUACAGAGAGUAGGGUUGCCUGGUGUUUGUGCCUUCUGACCGGUAAAAAAAUUCAGAAAAUAUUGGACAUUUUUCCCAAGGCCAGUGCUUGUGGGCACCCAACAGAAGGCAUUUUUUUCCUGGCAUUUUUUUGGGGUUUGGUAUUUUUUUGAAACCAUCUGGGAACCCUAACAGAGAGAAGGAGACAAAAAUGUCAAGGCCUAUUCAGGCUCGAAGGCUGGAAGGAUUGGACAAGAAUGUCUGGGUGGAAUUUGUGAAACUGGCUGCCACUUACCCAGCUGUGAACCUUGGCCAGGGGUUUCCUGACUUGCCGCCACCAGACUUUGCGAAGGAGGCGUUUGUGAAGGCUGUCGGUGGGGAGAACAUCAUGCUGCAUCAAUACACCCGGGUCUUUGGACACCCGGCGCUGGUGACGAUCCUGGCUCGCUUUUUUGGGAAGCUGCUAGGGCAAGAACUUGACCCUCUGACCAACGUGCUGGUAACAGUCGGGGCAUACGAAGCCCUUUUCUGCUGUUUCCAGGCUCUGGUUGACGAAGGCGAUGAGGUGAUUCUCAUUGAGCCCUACUUUGACUGCUAUGAGCCAAUGGCGAAGAUGGCCGGGGGCACCCCUGUGUUCGUACAGCUGCGACCGAAAGCUGCAGGAGCUGGUAAAUUGAUGUCCAGUGGAGAUUGGCAGCUGGACCCAGCAGAGCUGGCUUCCAGAUUUACCAAGCGAACCAAAGCCAUCGUUCUGAACUCACCCAACAACCCCCUGGGGAAGGUGUUCCGCAGAGAGGAGAUGGAGUUCAUCGCAGACCUGUGUGUGAAACAUGAUGUCCUGUGCUUCAGCGAUGAAGUGUACGAGUGGCUGGUCUACGAUGGGAAGGAGCACAUCCGGAUUGCCAGCUUGCCGGGCAUGUGGGAUCGCACGAUAACCAUUGGGAGUGCUGGCAAAACCUUCAGCACUACAGGAUGGAAGGUUGGCUGGACUUUGGGGCCCGAUCACCUUUUGAAACACCUCAGAACUGUCCACCAGAACGCUGUGUAUCACUGUCCAACAGCAGCUCAGGAAGCAGUGGCUCAGGCAUUCCAAAGAGAGCUUGACCAUUAUGGGAAACCAGACAGUUAUUUUGUGCAGUUGGCUCAGGAGAUGCAGCAGAAGCGGGACUGGCUUGUUCAGAGCCUAAUUGCUGGGGGCAUGAAGCCCAUCAUUCCUGAAGGCACCUACUUCAUGAUGGCAGACUACUCAGAGCUCAAAAGUGAAGUACCUGAUCUCCCUGACUCUGAGGAACCCUAUGACUCUCGGUUCAUAAAGUGGAUGAUUAAAAACAAGGGUUUAGUUGCCAUUCCAGUCUCCGCUUUCUACGGUACUCCACACAAGAGGAAUUUUGACCAUCUCAUCCGCUUCUGCUUUGUGAAGGAGGAAGCUACGCUGAAGGCAGCAGACGACAUACUGCGACGAUGGAGGCUGGAGAAAACUGGCCCGUGAAUGCUUUGGACAGAAUACCAGACUAGCCUGCACUCUGCCUUCGUAUUCUCUGUCCUGCUCUGCUUGAUUCAGAUGUCAUGGCUAUAGGUUUUUGCUUACUGGCUUUAUUUUGACUCUAUUGCAUCACUGGAUUUCAGUCACCUUCUGGAUCAUGCACAUGGGCAAGAGUUUUGUGGGCCCUAGGGUCUGGUUGAAAGCUUUCAUUGCUGUCCACUAGUAAACAGCUUUUACUGUGCUUUGGGCCUUGGGAUCCUGUAUCUACACUGGAAAAACAUUUCCCUCUUUUUGCUUUCAAAUAUGUCAUCUGGGUUUCCUGCAGCUAAAACUCAAGGCAAGAAUGGCUGCUGUGUUGCCCCCUACUCCAUAACAUUCUGUAUGUUCUCAGUAGGCAGGUCUGAUCCUAAGUCAUUAGAGUCCAAUAGUAAGUGAACUUGUACUUUAUCAGAACUUUUCCCAGUGAUAUCUUACAUGACCCAUCUUGCAUAAAAAGUUACUAUCAUGUCAUAAUAAUGUUACUGUGAAUAAUAUGGGGUGCAUCGUAGAUUUACAGGUUUUCCCUUUGGACCAUAUAAAGUAUAAUCCACAUUCAUUUAUAAAACCCCACUAUAUCUCCAUGAUAAUAGCUUAGCACUGUCUGGUCAUUUGGUCAUGUAAUGUAGCAUUUGUCCUGCUGCCCCAGGUAGGAAUAAGAGAUCCUCCAGAAAAGGGUUUUAUUCCGGAGGAUCGCGCCAGUCUAGACGCUUUUUUCCGGCUUUUCCCCAAGCCGGGAAAAAAGCGGCGG